CCCGCGGGAUGCGCACGCGCACGCGGGGCCGCUGGUCCUACUGUCACCUCUCUGGCUAAAUGGCCUUGCCGGCGGGAAAGUUAAAUCCGAGGAGCUGGCGGGGCGAUGUGCAGCGACUUUCGCAGGGCCGAAUCCGGGACAGAGCUCCUCGCCCGACUUGAAGGCAGAAGCUCUUUGAAAGAACUAGAACCCAACCUGUUUGCUGAUGAAGAUUCACCAAUGCAUGGUGAUAUUCUUGAAUUUCACGGUCCAGAAGGAACAGGAAAAACAGAAAUGCUUUAUCAUUUAACAGCCCGAUGUAUACUUCCAAAAUCAGAGGGUGGACUGCAGAUAGAAGUCUUAUUCAUUGAUACAGACUACCACUUUGACAUGCUUCGGCUUGUGACAGUCCUUGAGCACAGACUGUCGCAAAGCUCGGAGGAGACCAUCAAGCUCUGCCUUGGCAGAUUCUUCCUGGCGUACUGUAGCAGCAGCAUGCAGCUACUGCUCACGCUGCACUCGCUGGAGGCUCUGUUCUGCAGUCACCCCUCUCUCUGCCUCCUCAUCGUGGAUAGCCUGUCAGCUUUUUACUGGACAGACCGCGUCAGUGGGGGCGACAGUGUGGCCCUGCAGGAGUCUACGCUGAGGAAGUGUGCUCAGCUCCUGGAGAGACUCGUCAGCGAGUACCGCCUACUGCUCUUCACAACAACACAAACUCUAAUGCAAAAAGCCUCAGACUCAGCAGAGGGGCCUUCCUCCUCCUCCAGGCACCCGUGCGAGGGGGACACGGACUACAGAGCCUAUCUCUGCAAGGCCUGGCAGAGGAUAGUGAAACACAGAGUCAUUUUCUCCAGAGAGGACGACGCUAAGGGCAGCCGGUUCUCGUUAGUCUCACGUCAUUUAAAAAGUAACAGAUUAAAAAAACACAUUUUUAUGAUCAGAGAAAGUGGGGUGGAGUUUUGUUGAUCUCUAUCAUCAAAAAGGCUUUUGGGAGCACUAAGGCAAGUCUUUAAAAGUCUUUUAUAGGCUAAAGUGGUUUGAUUCUAAAGUUUUUAAUUCUGGGGAAAUUAAUCUAAAUAGUACAGUAAAGCUGCUCUGUUCCCUCCAGGCUGUGGAAGGUCAAGCAGAACAUACUGAACUCCACUAGCCUUGUUUUAAAACUCAGUAAAUGAUACACGUUCAGACCCAGUCACUUUCUGUUUACGUUCGGGAGGUUUCACUGCUGGUCCCUUGGCCUCCUUGAGGUUGUAAUUGAAGAGAAUGUGCAGAGCUGCUAUUCCAAUUGAAGGAAGGAUACUCAUCUGCCUCCCUCAAGAACCUGGAAUGAGCCGGGCGUGCUGGCCCACAACUUUAAUCCCAGCAUUCGGCGGAGAGUCAGGUGGAUCUCUGAGUUUCAGGCCUGCCUGGUCUACAGAUUGAAUUCCAAGACAGCCAGAGCUACAUAGUGAGAUCCUGUCUCAAAAAGCCAGUCAUUAAACAAACAAACAAACAAAUAGGUGAAGCUGAUAUGUUCAAUAGAUAAAUAAAUAGAUGGGACUGGAAUAUUUGAGUCCUCUUU